CCCGACCCCUGGGACCGCGUGAGAGCCAGAAGCUGCCGAGGAGGAGUCGGCCGGUUCCGCUGCCUCCCGCGCCCGCUCAAAGCCCGGAGCCCGUUGCGUCUGGAGGAAGGAUGCGGGCCGGCCGAGGGGCAGCCUGAGGGAGCUCCGGUGACUGGAAGGACUAGCCUCUGGAACAACGAGAAAAUAAGCGAACAUGAAAAAUACUCAACCCUUCGGUUUGGGAUACUGGGUUGGGCAGGAUAUGCGAAUUGUCCUCCUCCUAGGAUUGAUGGUGCUUCUUCCUGCCAGUGUACAAGCUGGAGGAAAGUUGUAUACUGGACCAUGCGCAGGGAGAGACUGCAGUGGGGGUUGUGAAUGUUUUCCAGAAAAAGGAGCUCGGGGCCAGCCAGGACUACUUGGUCAGCAAGGAACCCCUGGGCCAUCUGGAGUGGUGGGCAUACCAGGACUGCCAGGGCACAAAGGGGACAAAGGUGAACGAGGUCGACCAGGUGUAACUGGACCCAAAGGAGAAGUGGGACAAAGAGGAGUCACAGGGUUUCCUGGUGCAGAUGGAGUUCCUGGUCAUCCAGGUCAGGCAGGAUCAAGAGGAAAACCAGGCCAUGAUGGUUGCAAUGGGACCAAGGGGGAUCCUGGUCCGCAGGGAAUUCAGGGAUCUGGAGGCACUCCUGGUUCUUUUGGAAUCCAGGGACCCAAAGGUCAGAAGGGGGAGCCUUUUGCACUGCCUCCAGACUUAGCCGCACAGUUCAGGGGAGACCCUGGUGAGCUGGGCUUCGCUGGCUUCAUAGGACCCCAAGGUGCUCCUGGUCUGGUGGGUAAACCUGGUCUAGAAGGAGACCCAGGUCUUCCCGGGCUUCCAGGACCCCCAGGACCCCCAGGACCCCGUGGCAAUAGUGGUCUUGGCUUUUAUGGAGAAAAGGGUGAAAAGGGUGAAAUUGGACUUCCUGGUCCACCUGGGCGUCCAUCAACAGGAGAGUUAGUCAUUACAACCGAUGUAAUUCCAAGUGAAUACAAGGGUAUAAAAGGAAGAAAAGGAAUGAUGGGAGAAUCUGGAAGUCCAGGUUUACAUGCCCAAGAAGCAGAAAAAGGAGAAGAAGGAAUAACUGGCUUUCCAGGACAAAGAGGUUUGCCAGGAAUCAAUGGUCUAAAAGGAGCGAAAGGGAGUGUGGGUAUCCCAGGAAAUUAUGUAAUCCAUGGCAUUACUGGUCAGAAAGGGAUGAAGGGUGAACCCGGAGAUAAAGGCAUCCGAGGGCCACCAGCUCAAGCACAACAUCCCACACUUAUAAAAGGUGUACUUGGUGACCGGGGAAUGGAUGGCAUUCCUGGCCCUGAAGGAGACAGGGGAGCACAAGGCAGUCCUGGCCCACCUGGCCUACCAGGCGCAGAAGGAUCAUUUGAUGAUGUUUCUGGAAAAAGAGGUUUGCCUGGAGAAACGGGCCCCAAAGGUUUUAUUGGCGAUCCUGGUUUCUCAGCUAUUCGUCCAGGUCCUCCUGGUUUAGAUGGUGCAAUAGGACCACCUGGUUUCCCUGGCUCUCCCGGCCCCCCAGGAAGUUCAGGUUAUUUGGUUGGGCCAAAGGGAUAUCCAGGGGUUCUAGGUCCUGCAGGCAACCAAGGUUACCCAGGUCCACGAGGACAAAAAGGACUGAAAGGUGAUAUAGGAGAUUGCAAAUGUGUUGAACAUAUUGAAAGAAGAAGGGGUCCUGCAGGGCAACCUGGUCCUCCAGGAUUUCAAGGUCCAAUGGGACAUACUGGGAAAAAAGGAGAAUUAGGAGAUAAAGGCCAACAUGGACUUCCUGGUUUUCCUGGUGUAAAGGGAUCCUCUGGUGUACCUGGACCUGUUGGACCAAAAGGGGUAAAAGGGGAUUCCCAAACUGUUACUACAAGAGGUGCCAAAGGAGACCCAGGAUCUCCAGGAAUUCCUGGAAGUAGAGGAGAAGACGGUUCACCUGGCAGGAAUGGCAAAGAUGGUUUACCGGGACUUCCUGGGCUGCGAGGUGAUGGCACAAGAGGAGAACAAGGGGAUCCUGGUGACCCAGGCCAGCCAGGCCUGAAAGGUGUUCCUGGGGAAAUUGGCCCGCCUGGUGUGGGUUUGCCGGGUCCAAAGGGAUACCAUGGCCUUGCAGGUGACCCUGGCGCAUAUGGAAACCCUGGCUUUCAAGGCACUCCUGGCCCCCCAGGGGCUCCUGCUCAGACAGAAUGUGAGCAAACAGAGGACCGCUUUCUUAGAGAUAAUAGAACUGAAUCAAUUCACUCAGGGACCAGCUGUGUUAUGGCCCCAAAAGGAGCUCCAGGGUAUCCAGGAUUGCCGGGACCAUCAGGUGCAAAAGGUGCAAAAGGGAUUCCUGGUGGACUUGGUUUGCAUGGAUCAAAAGGACUGAAAGGCCCUCAAGGGGAUCACGGUUAUGGAGGUGCAGCAGGUCCAGCAGGAUUCACCGGACCCAGAGGAAGCAGAGGUGCCCCAGGAUUGCCUGGGGCAAAGGGGCUUCCAGGAAGUCCUGGUUUGCCAGGUUUGCCAGGACCCCUGGGCGAAAAGGGGCUUACAGGUGAUGUGCUAGGAGUACCGCCAGGCUCUCCUGGGGACACUGGGCCACCUGGAUUCCCAGGAGCAAAAGGCUUGCAAGGAGAUCAAGGCCCACCAGGAAUUAGAGGAAGAGAUGGAUUCCCUGGUCCACCUGGACCUAAAGGAAAUCCUGGGUUUCCUGGGCCCACUGGCUUGACCGGUAUACGAGGACCAACAGCAACAUUUGGAUUCCCUGGACUGCCAGGCCAGCAAGGGUCCCUGGGAAGAAAAGGCUCACAAGGAUUUAGGGGAUCACCUGGUGCCAGAGGGGAACCAGGGGAGCCAGGGAAAUCUGGCCCUGUAUGUAUGAAAGGUCUGCCAGGAGACAAAGGUGAACUGGGCUUUUCUGGAGCUAAAGGAAGGACCGGGGAAGCUGGUCUCCCUGGCGUUGAUGGAAUGCCUGGUUUCCCAGGCCUGAAAGGUGCUAAAGGAUCUCCUGGCAUCGGAGGCUUCAAAGGUGCUAUGGGAGUCAAAGGGUGGCCAGGAUGGAAGGGAAUUCACGGAGAGAAAGGCUUCCUUGGAAAGCAAGGUGCUAAAGGUCUGCCUGGCGAAUCCGGAUUAAAAGGUGACCGUGGAGUUCGUGGUCUACCGGGAGCACCUCCUAAAAUCAUGCCAAGCAUAAUGCUGGAAGUGAAAGGUGAAAAGGGAGAUAGAGGAGCAUUCGGUAUUAAAGGGAGUUCCGGCUUAGAAGGAAGUAAAGGAUUGCUAGGAUUACCUGGUCAGACAGGAAGACCAGGUUUACCUGGAUUUCCUAGUUUCGAACAAGGUCAUAAAGGAGAUGUUGGAAUUAAAGGAAUAAAAGGUGUUUCAGGAUAUGCUGGUAUCCCAGGUCCUCGGGGUAUUCCUGGCUUCCCUGGAAUCACUGGAUGGAGGGGAGAAAAAGGUGUUCCAGGAAUUCCAGGUGUGAUUGGUGAAAGUGGUCAGCUAGGGGGAAUUGGUGACAGGGGAGAUACUAUAAACUUGCCAGGAAGUAAAGGUUCUAAAGGAUACCCUGGAACAGCUGGACCAGAAGGGUUGCAAGGAGGCAAAGGACAGGAAGGUGAAGUUGGGAAUCAAGGACAUCCUGGCGCAGAUGGCAUGGAAGGUCCUCAAGGCUCCCAGGGGUUAAUAGGGCAAAGAGGAUUCCCAGGGCAGUUUGGGGAACAAGGUGUACCUGGAGAUCCAGGCAUACCUGGACUUUCGGGUGAAAAAGGAAGUCCUGGAAGCACUGGACCUCUAGGAAGAAAAGGUGAGCAUGGGAUCAAAGGACUCCCUGGAUUACAUGGAUUGCCAGGUCCUAAGGGCUCACCAGGAUCAGCAGGUCCAGAUGGAUAUGGCACAUCAGGUUUUCCAGGUGUUUUGGGUGAUAAGGGUACAGCAGGAGACCCAAGCCCCACUGAAGGCAGCAGAGGAUCUCCUGGUCAGAAGGGACAAAGAGGGGAUCCAGGAUGGCGAGGUUCAGCUGGUGCUCCUGGACCUGAUGGAAGAUCAGGAUUUCCUGGAAUUUCUAAUAUAUCUGGUAUACCUGGUGAUGUGGGAUCACCUGGUUUUGAUGGAGUGCCAGGCUACCCUGGACCUCCAGGGUUUCCAGGAACAGCUGGCUCAUUUGGCCUCAGAGGAGAAGAGGGACCAAUAGGUGUGGCUGGAGCAGAUGGUCUUAAAGGAAUAAGAGGGGACCAAGGCCCAGAUGGAAGACCUGGAAUUCCAGGCUUGGCUGGAGCAAAAGGUUAUAAAGGUGAACAAGGAGUCAUGGGCUUUGUUGGCCUAAUAGGAAUUUCUGGUGACUUUGGUCCCAUAGGACCCAAAGGAGAUAGAGGCCCCCCUGGUUUUCAGGGACCUCCAGGUUCCUCCGGAUUGCCGCCUUUACUUCCUAAACUGGUUUCUGAGCAAGGGACACCAGGUGCCCCUGGAGCAACAGGCCCCCAGGGCCCUGCAGGUGAAAUAGGUCCUCAAGGUCCACCAGGAGAUCCAGGUUUUAGAGGCCCAAUAGGUAAACCAGGAGUGCAAGGAAGAGGGGGUAUAUUUGCAUCUCCGGGCUUCAGAGGUGAUCAAGGAAGAGCAGGACUGCAGGGCCCAGCGGGAUUUGAAGGUGCAGUAGGUGAUCCUGGUACUCCUGGACGGCCAGGUAUGCCAGGCCGCAGUGUUAACAUAGGGUAUCUCCUUGUGAAGCACAGCCAGUCUGCUCAAGAGCCAAUGUGUCCAGAGGGCAUGAACCAGCUUUGGAGUGGCUACAGUUUAUUGUACUUCGAAGGACAAGACAAAGCACAUAACCAGGAUCUUGGCCUGGCUGGUUCGUGUUUGGCUCGAUUCAGCACUAUGCCUUUCCUUUACUGCAAUCCGGGGGAUGUCUGCUACUAUGCAAGUCGCAAUGAUAAAUCCUACUGGCUGUCAACCACAGCCUCUCUUCCAAUGAUGCCUGUGGCAGAAGAAGAAAUCAGACCUUACAUCAGCCGUUGUUCUGUCUGUGAAGCUCCUGCUCUUGCCAUUGCUAUUCACAGUCAGGAUAUUACUAUUCCUCACUGUCCUGAAGGAUGGCGCAGUCUGUGGAUCGGUUAUUCUUUCCUUAUGCACACUGCAGCCGGUGCUGAAGGAGGAGGGCAGUCACUGGUUUCUCCAGGUAGCUGUCUGGAAGACUUCAGAGCCACACCAUUCAUUGAGUGCAAUGGUGCUCAGGGCACCUGUCAUUAUUUUGCGAACAAAUACAGUUUUUGGCUUACCACCAUUGACCAUCAAUUUCAACACUCACCUUCUUCAGAUACACUCAAGGCAGGACUCAUCCGAACACAUAUAAGCAGGUGCCAAGUGUGUAUGAAAAAUUUGUAAAAUAAGCAAAGAACAAUAACCCCCAAAACAGUAAGUCACUUCAGAGUGGCACAGAUCAAAUCUUGUUGGUGCUUAUUUAACUUAUUACCUCAUCAUUUGACCACAACUUCAACUCCCAUUGUUAUCUGGAAGAACAAACCACUGCAAGUACUCAUAACCAAGCUAUUGUUUGACCUUUGUUCAUGUAUUUGUGGGUUUGCUUUCAUAUGCUACAAAUAAUACAGUCUGUUAUGAGAAUAAAACAAUAGACAAAGUUUAAUUAUUAAAUACCAUUGCUGUCAUUUAAGUCUGAUUUAAUGUCAAAUGAUACUUAUCUCUUUUUCUAUAUGCAUAUUACUGAACACUACUAACCUUAGUCAUUGAGUAUUAAAUAAACAUUCAAACACAAAUGCAAACUGUGUUAGAAUUUAGGAUUUUAAACUGUAUUUAGCAGAUUGUUAAAAUGCAAAUGCCAUUUUAACAUCCAUAGAAUGGUCAAAAAUAGAAUCUGUGCUCUUGCUCUAAAGGAGCCCGGUUUUUUAGCUGAAGUCUUUGGCUACAAAUCCAACAGAAUUACAAUGUUUUAUGACUGAAUGAAACUUUAACAUCCACCCAAUAUACUUUAUGUUGCAAUUAUAUUUCAGGGCCUUUAUUUCUUUAUACACUGUUUCUUUAUUAAACAUCCUGUUGCUACAUGUGCCUAAUUAUUUCAAAAGCCUGCAGAGAAUGAACAAUAAGCUUUGUUUGUGUCCCACUUAACCUGAAUUUUUGGUCUCGGAAUUCUGAUGCAUUGAACGCAAUGUUGCAUUAUGCUGUGCAAUACCCUCGAUGGAUAGACAUAGCGCGUUAGACCAGAAUUCAGUUCUCUCAAUACUGCUGUGGGGAAUUAAGGUUCAAUGCGGCUUGGAGAUAGACAAUCUAUGGCGUUUUAAAUGUUUAUAUUCCACCUAAUUUAAUGAGAGAGGAUGGGUUGGAAUCCACAUCUGAAGGACUGUACUUUGUCUAUUUCUAUUCAACCACUGCCAGAUAUCACAGAAUCUGUGUCACAAUCAUCUCAUGAUAAUUACAGGAAUAGCACAAAGGGAAGGUGUUUGGAAGAUUAUGCCCUGCAGCUUGUGGAACUGCAGUUCAAGCUACAAUCAAGAAACACCCUACUAAAGAGUACCAUUUAUUUAAGAUUUUUGAGUGCCCAUACUUAGGAAUGUGACAUCUGUCAUUCUUCCCAAUGUUAAGAAUGGUAAGAGAGACUCAAUUAGUAUCACAUUCUUGGGAGGGAAGUGAGUGAUAGAAAAGGCAUCUCCUCCCAGGAAGAAUUAAGACCGUGCCUGGGAAAGUGAGAUACACACUUUUCUCAUAGCAGUGCUAUACCAAAGCGGUGAUUACAUGCACACUUAUCUGGUAAACUGUACAAAUGAAGCUGGACUGGCUUCCAAGUAAACAUGUAUAAAAUUGCUGAGUUAAUCAGCUUCUGUCCCCAGUUCUUUCACCAGUGCUGACAAGCAGAUGGAAAGGAGGCAGAAUUAGAACUUAAACACUGCAAGUGGCAACAACCCACUUUUGGUGGUGGGUAGAGGACAGCUGCCCAGACCAAUCUCUUCAUCCCUCUGGGUAGUUGGGCAGUGAGGGCUUCCCACUGUUUUCCAUAAAGUUUCCUUCCCAAACCAAGUCUGAAUAAGAAAUGUUCAAAUACCCUUUUGAGUCUUUCUCCAUUGUACUUAUGAUCACAGUGUUUCAUUUUGUAAGUAAAAAUAAAAGUGUGUCUCAAACUU